AUGGAGGCCUUGACACUCCUGUCCAAUUCUGGGUCUGACUGGCUGCAGGAAUUGGUUGAGGGCACUCUCAUGAAGCAAUACCGCAUCAUCAAGGAAGAGCUGGCUCUGUGGCGCGACAAGAAAUCACAGCGCAUGGAGGAGAUCGAGGCCCUGCAGGCGAAGAUCGGCCAACUCCAUGCCCGCAUCGGCCGCAGCAUGCAUGCACGGAGCUUCCAGGAUCUCACAAGCACAGAGCUGGAGCGACUUGGCAUCGAAAUCACACGCCUGCAAGACGAGUGCCAGAAACGGCAGCAGACUCUGGAGUCUACGCUGUCCAACCUGCGCAGACAAAGCGAUGAGCUGGGAGAGGAUGCCUGGGCCCUCGCUGCUGAGGCGCACCCCACACUGCUGCGCCUCGUGGAGGGAGAUGGACAGAGCACGGCUGGUGAUGAACUGGAUGUGAGCGACAAGACUCUCAAGCACUUGGAUCAGAAAGCGGAGAAACUGAGAAAACUGAAGGCCGAGAGAAAAGAGCAGGCGGUGAAUCUUCUGAGUGUUCUGGAGGGCCUGUGGGAUGUGCUGGAGACUGCAGAGGAUGAUGUCGACCGCAAAAAAUUCCAGGCAUUGCUGGACGGCCCUUUGCGUGUGCACAACACAACCUUGGACAAGGUGAAGGCAGAAGUGGAGCAUUUGGAAGGACGCAAGGCAGAGCUGAUCAGGAAGAUGAUCGAUGUAAAGAGGCGCGAGCUGGAGGACAUCUGCACAGAGUCCCACAUGUCCUUGCCCCCGCUUCCCCACUCCGAGGCAGCCCCUGACUCUCACACAGCCGCAUCAGCCCAGGUGGCAGAGGUGCUGGCCAAGGUGGUGAAGCAGGUGGGCGAUGCAGAAGCUGAAGCAGAGCGGCGCAGCAGGAUCCUGGACGCCAUCGAGGAUCUGCGGUCCAUGCGCGCUGAGUGCUCCUGGCUCAUCGAGUACGACAGGGACGACUCGCGCUACAAGGGGAGGGAUGCAAAUCGCAAGCUGCAGCGCGCUAUCAAGGCUGGGAAGGCCAGAGACCGCAUGCCGGCAGUGAUUGAGCAGAUGCAGAGCAUGUUGGAGGCCUGGGCAGAAAGCGAGGACCGGCCCUUCCUCUACGAUGAGAGGGACUACCAGGAGGUUCUGGCAGAGCUGAUGCAUGAGGUGCAGGCAGAGGCACAGCAGCGGGCCGCAGCGCAUCACCAGAAGACUCAGGGAAAUAGGAAGGCUGCUGCCGCAGUGGGGACUCCAGGGAAGCCAGGCGGGCUCCGCACAGGGAGCAUCCGCCCCUCCACGCCGAGGUCUGACAAGGCUCUCACGCCACUCACCUCCUCUGCAGGCAGCGAGGUGCAGCACCAGAGGCGCACCCCAAAGCUGCUCACUCCCAGGGCGGAGACUCUGCCAGGGUGCAGCAAGGAUGGGCAGCUGCCUGCACGAAAGACAGCCCGAAAUGCAUCCAUCUCGGUGGCGACAGAGGAGAAAAUGAACAAGCUGCUCAAGUCUUGUGCUGCCACCCCGCCCAGCAACGCCAAGAAGACACCGGUAUCAGCCGCAGCCAAGGCGCAGCCACUCACAGACAGCGGUAAUCUCAGCAGAGUGCAUGCACAGGUGAGAGUUCAGGGAGAUCAGCUGAUGCCUGCACUCUCCUCGCCAUCACGCCUGGCAUCCCCAUUUUCUGUGGCUGCGGCAGCAGAUAAAUGGAAGCAGUCCCCAGAGAUCCUGAUUCCAAAGCUGCCGACAGAGUCGCUGCAGCGCACUCGCUCGUUCUGA